AUGGCAAGCUCCGACGCGGCUACUAUUCUUGACAUCUGCGCGUAUCAUAGACGCGACUUUGACCUUGUACUUAUUCGAUCACGACCUCACGAAAACCAGGUUGUCCGUGAAUCCAUAGAAAGCCCCUUCGCCGCUUCACCAACAGCGAAUCUCGGAAUUCUCGAUGUUCUGCCGAAUGAGCUACUAGAGAAAAUAAUUGGAUACUUUGAUGUAUCCUCUUAUUUCCGCUUCCGCCAUGUCAGUCGGAGAGCUCGGGUCUUAGCCAACGAGCUUCAUGAAUACAGGUCCGUUGUCAAACAUGGCAUGGAAGGCUUCCGUGGCAUGCUGCGUGCGGGACUGGCGACUCAUUACACAUUUGGAGAUAUGUACCGUGCCUUGACAACUGAGACAUGCUCCUUUUGCAAAAGCUUUGGUGGUUUUCUCUAUCUGCCGACUGCUGCUCGCUGCUGUUUCGGGUGUAUUGAAAAUGCCCCUGAACUACGUGUUAUCAGCAUGUCUGCCUUGUCAAAGCUCACAAACAUUUCUGCAAAGCGCUUGGGCUUGUGUGUUGGAUAUACUCUUAGAACGGUUCCUGGAAUAUACUCUAUGGAAGAAAGACCGGCAAGACGCCCAGCUUUACUACUAGCAGAAAGAGAGGCUGCCAAGAGACUGUCAGAGCUUGGCCUCCUAAGCUCGGACGCAGCUCAUGCUUUACAGGCACGAAGCGAACAACAGAGCCAGCGCUAUAUGAUGUCUACUUCAUACCCGUGGUAUGAUCCAACCACUGGUCAAGUUGAAAAUGGUGUCAGUUGUAAGGGGUGUCAGAUUCGUCAGGAGACUCUGGCUCUGAUUAGUCGAGACCGUGACGAUGUAUUUUCUUCCAGCGGUUAUCAAUUCCAUUUUGAGACUUGCAAAGAAGCAAAAGCUUUAUUCGAAGAGAGUGCAGGCGGAACAAGGAGUGUGGUGGAACCAGAAUUCACUCGCCGCAAGGGUUAUUUCAACACAUUGGAUCGAGAUGGUCUACCAAGAUAA